CGUGACUUUAUACAGUUGAAGAAGUCAUCAGCGAUGGGUUUUGGUAUCUUCGUUGUGUUUUGCUACGUUCUAUUGAUUGCUCAGGCAAAACUAAACUGGGAGAGAACUGAGAAGUUUAUGGCAAUGUGUAAGGCUGAAACAGGCGCCGAAGAGACUAUGGACACUAUUGUGGUCAAAGAAGAGCUACCAACAAAUCCCAAAGGAAUGUGUCUGAUAGAAUGUUUAUUGAGAAUGCAGGGAAUUUACGAUACAGAUGGAGUAUACCACGAAGAUGGUACAAAAAAGUUGUUAGAAGAGUAUUUUGAGGAAAGUCCAGAAAACGUGGAAAAGGUUUUGAGAAUAACCACAGAAUGCAGCAAGAUUGAUACGACUGGACUGAACAAAUGCGAGGCUGCAGUGAAACAUGUGGCAUGUAGCAGGAAAAAAUGUGCACAGGAAAGCAUUGUUGUCAUCAAAGAAAGGUCAUGAAAAUGUUCAGUUGAUGAUGUGGUCAGUUUCGUAGUUUAAAGAUUCGAAAAUAAA